AAACUGAAAAAGCAAGCGAACGAGCAUGGCGGCUCACUCUGGGGACCAGAAUAACUUCACGUUCAGGUUCCUUUCUCAAAGAACCUUCCAGUCCCUCAGCAACUCCGACACUGUCCAGCGCCUACGGAAGUGGUCCAUGCAAGGCAGACUCUGCGCGCAGACGUUCGGCUUUGACGAGAACUUCCAGGCCUACCGCAAAGAUGAUUUCUUUAUGGCUUUUUUUAGAGACCCAAAUGUUAUUUCGGAUUUGAAAUUACUUUCAGAUUCUUCUGGACGAUGGAUUAAUUUAGGAGCAGAAGUAAAGAAAGUUGAAGCCAUAAAUAUUCCCUGCACACAAAUUUCAAUGUCAUUUUUUGACCGAUUAUACUCUGAAGAAAUUGUUCGAGAGAAUGGACAUAUUGUUAAGUGUUUGGAUAAUUUUUGUGAUCCUUUUCUCAUUUCUGAUGAGUUAAGACAAGUUUUACUAAUGGAAGACUCAGAAAAAUAUGAGAUAUUCAGCCCAUUAGAUCGUCAAGAGUUCCUUUUUUGCAUUUUUAAACAUCUUUGCCUUGGCGGACUUCUUUGUCAAUAUGAAGACAUACUUGACCCAUAUCUGGAAACAACAAAGACUAUCUAUAAGGAUCUUGUGAGUGUUAUAAAAGAACCUCAAACCAAGAACAUUUGUGUUACUUCUGUUGUCUUCAAGGUUACUGCAUAUGAUGAAAAUGGUAUGUGCUACCCUUCAACAAAAAGUCAUGAACAAUCAUUUGCUUACAUGAUUGUGGAUCCUUUAAAACGUCACGUUAAUGUUUUAUACCAUUGUUUUGGUGUAGGUGAACUAUCUUUCUAAUUGAUAUCCCAAGUGUGUAUAUGGUUAUUCUUCUGUUUUUAUUAUUUACUUUAUAAUGUUGUUUAUGAGCAGUUUAGUAGAACUCAAUUUCUGACCAAAAUUCAGUUUUUAAUUUACUUUACAUAAAAUGUGUGUACUUUAAAAAAAAGGAAAAUAAAAUUUCUUCAAUGUUGGAUUAUUAUUCUUCUGGAUUACUAAUAGAGGAAUAGACUUCCAUCCUUCAUUUCCCAUAUAAUGCUACUAAUGAGUUCUAUAAUUCUUCCUGAAAGUUACUUAGAAUAAAAAUCUAGUCCAUAAUUAUAUGCACAAUAUAAAUCUUGUUAAAUCUUUAUUUACUCCAUAUAUUUUAUGUCAAAGCUGUUUUUAUGAAAAUAAUAAAAUUAAACAUUCACA